UUACCAUUUAAAUAUUAAAGUUAGGCACUUAUUUAAGAAAAUGACUAUUUUAGCCCUCAAAACUAAAUCGAGAGUGAUAUCUAGGAUUAUUGCCACGUGACAAUAAUUAGAUCCAGCGGAUGUAACGACUGGAUGAGAAAGCUAUAAAAUCCGAUUCCAUUCAAUAGCAUUAAGAUUGGGCCAUGCGUUACUUAGGCAGGCUCCAUACCCAUGAGCAAAUCUCCGGCAAUAAAUAAAUAAAAAUAAAAAUCCGAUCUCCUCCUCUCAAAGAAACCAAAAUUUAGGGUUAGGGGUUUGAAUCCAAACCAGCAAAAUGGCAACAGAGGAGAAUUCACAAGAAUCUUCAGUACACAAAUUAAGAUCACCGGAAUCAGGAUCAGGAGACAUGGUUGAUAUGAUGUUCGCCAAACGCGGUUGUUGUUGUGGGAAUUGGUUACCCAGUUGGGAAAGAAUUCGAGACAAUUAUAAUAACGAUCAAGAUCAAGAUGGACGAUGGUGGAGUAAAGGAAUUAGCGUUUUCAAGAAGAUUAGAGAAUGGUCGGAACUUGUUGCUGGGCCAAAAUGGAAAACGUUCAUCAGGAAAUUCAAUAAGAAAGGAGGAAAUCAGUAUCAUCAGGGAAAGAAAUUGAAGUAUGAUCCGUUGGAUUAUGCUAGGAAUUUUGAUGAAGGAAGAGCGAAUGAUGAUUUUAGUUAUCCUGAUUUCUCAUCUAGGUAUGCUUUCAUUCCUAAUUCUUGUAAAUCUUCUAUGGAUCUCGGUAAAGAUGGUCCUUGUUUUACUUGAUGAAUUUACAUUUUCUCAAGAAACAAAAACUAAACAGAUUGAAUUUGAAUCCCAAUCCCCAUGGGUAUAAUUGAAAUGAGGAUCUCAUUGUUGUUUGGAAUUGAAAAAAUAUGAGGUUUGAAUAUUUGGUGAA